AAAUGAAAGAGAAGUCUACAACAAAUGCAUUGUAUAUGCUAAAGGUCUGUUUGAGACAGGGGACAGGCGACAUUCUCAUUUCACCUUUGAUUUCAGCCAGAAUUUAUCGCUACCACACCAUUCAAGACAGAUGGGGCCAACUUAUUUUAUGACAUUGCGCAAAGUGUAAUUGUUUGGUGUACGCAAUGACGGAACAUCAACACAAUACAACUUCCUUGUAGACGAGAAUGAGACUAUUGGCCCUGAUGGUACUCAAACUCACGGACCUAACGCUGUUAUCAGUAUGGUGGACUGGGUGAUAGAAAGGGACCAUGCGGAGGGACCAACAAUUUCACUACAUGCCGAUAAUUGCCCAGGACAGAAUAAAAACUUCUAUAUGCUGGGAUAUUUAAUGUGGCGUGUUCUGUCUGGACGUCAGGAGAAGAUAGAGUAUAUGAUGCAGAUACCUGGUCACGCUCGCUGCCAUGUUGAUGCUGGCUUUGCCCGCAUAAAACAACUUUACCGCAGGACAGACACGGAUGCUCUUGGCCAACUUACGGAAGUUGUAAAUCAGUCAUCAUCUACAAGCCAGUGUAUCCGGUACCCUACAUGGACAUGGCGAGACUGGAAAGGAUUUCUGAAAACGUACUUCAAACCGCUCCAAGGCAUCAGAAAGUAUCAAUAUUUUCGUAUGAGCCGAUAUCAUCCUGGAAUGGUGGUGGUUAAAGAGAGCUGCGAUAAAGCCGAGGAGACAUUCUCCAUUACGAAAUCAAACAACUUUCAGUUUGAACGGGAACACUUGCCACAAGUACUGCAACCAGGUGGAAUGUCUGCUGCACGACGCAGAUAUCUUUACAGCACAGUUCGGCCCUAUGUGCGACCUAUAUUUCAAGAUGAAACAUGUCCAGGAGAGCCUUAGAAGAACACUUAUGUUACCAUGGCAACGCAUAGAAAAGACCUUAUCUGACUCCUGUUAUGAUGAUUUUUUAUGUUAUUAUGCUAAUGGUUUCUGUAAACAAGUAUAAUGAAUAUAUUACAAACUACAUGUAUUCCUAGUUGUACUUGUUUCAAUUGCUUAUAAGUUUCAUAUGAGGUAUAUUGAAAUAUUUAUUUCUACAUGAUUAUGUACAUGACAGUGCCUUAUCGCGAAAGGCUGUAUCUCGGGUAACUUUUGAGAUAAUUUCAAAUUUUCUUUUGCAUUCUACAGGAAAAUGAUGAUACUUGAAUAAUUGCUCAAAACCUCAAAUUCGAUAUUUUGGUCAUAAUUGCAGGUUUUUCUGGAGAACGGCUCAUAUUGAUAUCAAUUUCUGGUAAAUUUCAGGUCUGUCACUUUAUUCAUUUUUUUUUUGUCGAUUUUUUAAAAACGUUCAUAGUUUUCUGAGAGUGGUAAAAGCUGGGGUGGGUGGGGUAAUGAUUUUUUAUUUUUUUCAAAUAUGUUGAAUGAAAUCAAUAUUUAUGAAGUAUUGUAUUGUUGAGCAAUAUAUUCUGUAUGACAUUAGGCCAGUAUGAAUGAAAUUUUCUUUCAGUUUCAAUAAAGAAGAAUUUUUAUUUAUUUACUGUUGGUUUGAUUUUUGAAGGUUAUGGGUGGGGGUACAAAAAUAACAAUUACUACCUUAAUAAACGGUGAAAGUUUUUAUUAUUUCAUGUGUAAGUGUCUUACCUGAUAUAGAAAAGAACUAGCAUGAAAUUUUUUCAAAUUGCAAUAUUGACCAUUAUGGGGCUCAGACCUUAAUUAAAAAUGCCUGACUUAAUGUCAACAGGUUUGCAAAAUUCUACAACCAUAAUAAUUGUAAGGGCCGAAAAGUUGCGAUUGAUGCGAAUAGACGAUACAAUCGCAAUUUAUCGGCCCUUUCCGUCAGUCUUCGGAUCAAUCGCAACUUUCCGGCCCUCUCCGUCAGUCUUCGGAUAAGCCUACGGUAAGAAACUAAACAUGUAAAGUUUUUAUUGUAAGCAAAUAAUAAUUCAAAGCUGGGAAAUGUUGCCAAUAUAUCUAGUAA